AUGGCUUGGUCGGCCCGCUGGGUGCUGUGCCUGUGCCUGGGAUGGGGCUGCCUGUGCCUGGCUCUGGGCGACGCGCUGCGGCCCCGCCGGGUCGGGCUGCGGCGCCGCGCCGCGCCGGGGGCCGUGCGGGGCGGCCGCGCCCGGGCGGCCGCAGGUGAGGACGGCGCGGGGCAGCGGCGGCCCGGGCGGCCGGCGGCCGACAGAGUGGCGGAGCACAUGCUGCGGCUCUACGAGCAGUACCGCGACCCGCCGACACCGCCCGGGCCGUGGCUCCGCCGGGGCAACACGGUGCGCGGCUUCCGCCCGCUGCCGGCAGGGAGCCCCGAGGGCCAGGAGGUGUACCUUUUUAACUUGACAUCGCUCACGGAGUCUGAAAAUGUCCUGUCAGCCUCGGUGUAUUUUUACAUUGGAGAUCUGCUGCAUGUCAAGUGGAACUGUUCCCAGCCCAGUGGCUGCUCUCCUCACUGGCACGGGAAACCUGAAAUUCAGAUACGCCUUUCAGUUUGGGCCUUUCCUUCAGCUGGGAACCGGACUCGCAGCCUGGGACACUUCCUCAUCAACGUCUCCUCUGCUUACCAGGAUGUCCUCUCCUGGCAGUGGGAGGAUAUCACUCGGCUCCUGCACGAAGCCAAGCAAAACAACGAGCUGCUGAUCAGCGUUAGAAUGGAUCUGCCCGGCCAUCAUCCCUGGGAAAGGGCGUCUUCCUCCUACGAGCCCUACAUCCUGAUUUACGCCAACGAUUCCGCUAUCUCCGAGCCAGAGAGCGUUGUCUCCACUCUGCGGGGACACCGUCAUCCUCGGGCCGGGGUCCUUCCCAAGCCGGAAGGCCACAGGAGGAGGAAACGCUCUGCCAACGUCCUGUUGCCGCUGCAGAACAACGAGCUCCCAGGAGCCGGGUACCAGUACGGGGAGGAGCAGGCAUGGGAGGGCACAAAGCCCUACAAGGCCUUCCAGCCGCAGCUGGCAGACAGGGCCAGGAGUAAGAAGAAGCAGAGGAAGAGUCAUCUGCAGAAGAGCCAGACUCUGCAGUUUGACGAGCAGACACUGAAGAAGGCGAGGAGGAGGCAGUGGAACGAGCCCAGGAGCUGCGCCCGGCGCUAUCUCAAGGUGGAUUUUGCAGACAUCGGCUGGAGCGAGUGGAUUAUUUCCCCCAAGUCCUUCGACGCCUAUUACUGCUCAGGAGAAUGCCAAUUCCCAAUUCCAAAGGCCAUGAAGCCGUCCAACCACGCCACCAUCCAGAGCAUUGUCAGAGCUGUCGGAGUCGUGCCCGGCAUUCCCGAGCCUUGCUGUGUUCCUGACAAAAUGUCUUCUCUCAGUAUCCUGUUCUUCGACGAGAACAAGAACGUGGUUCUGAAGGUGUACCCCAACAUGACAGUGGAGUCCUGUGCGUGCAGAUAACGCUUGGGAGCCCUGCGGGCAAUGCCAGGGUGAUGGCUUGCUGUCUGGGGAAGGGGGUGGGCAGGACUCUCAUCAUCCCUGCCUCGUGUUUGCACUGCCAAUGCAUUUCCUUUGGACAAGAAAAUGUAACGAAAUCCAGUCAAUGAGAAGGGGAGCAGGGUGGGUUCCAAGCAGCGAUUCCAAGGAAAGUGAACACAAACUUCAUUCGUCCGUGAUUCUGACCGAGACACAAGGCCUGGGAAUGGGACCUGACUGUACCUGUUGGAAGCGAGAGGUGAAGGAAGGACCUGCAGAUUUUUGACACUGCCCAAAGGACAUAGUGAUCUAUUUUUGUACAAGAUUUUGGAAGCAGCACAGCCUGGUACUUCUCAACUCUGUACUAAUGAGAGGGGGGAGGUUAGAAAUGUCAUAGUCUUCAUUUUAGAGCUAAAUGUCUUGCCUUGGGUUUUAGAGCAGUACAGCAAGGCAGCAAAACUCAUCUGACAUGCUGAAAGCUGUAGGUAAGCCCGGGUGACCUUGGUAGGGGGUGACCCACCUCGUGUGCGAGUUCCUUUCCGCUGACACGUGCUCUGUAAUUCAGCUCUUGGGAGCUCGGCAGCCCCGGGCACAGGAGCUCAAAGCAGCCCUGCUGAGGGCAUCCCUCUGAAUUCUGCUACGGAAUCUCAGCAGGUCAGGGCUGUGGAAAUAGCCCCCUCAGUCAGGUGGCCCAAUGACUUGUUGGCCACGAGUUCUGGAACACUCUUCCAAAUAACCUGUGGGCUGUCUGCCUGCACGGGUGAUGUGGCCAGGUCGUGCAGUGGCCUCUUCUCCCAGGUAACAAGCGUCAGGACCAGGGGUCACAGCCUCAAGCUGCACCUGGGGAGGGUCAGGCUGGACAUGAGGAUGGUCAGGCAGUGGAAGGGGCUGCCCUGGGAGGUGCUGGAAUCACCCUCCAUGGAGCUGUUCAGGAAAGGACUGGACGGGGCGCUCCAUGCUCUGAUGUAGCUGGCAGGGUGGUUUUUCUCUUCUUCCAUCCUCUGGGGGCCCUGAGCUCAUCAGCAGCAGGGUGUCACCCCUGGGGCAGGGCUGGUCCCCAAGAUUGCCACUCUCAGCUGAGGAGAGGCUUGUGAGUUUGCAGGACGGGUUGUUUAGUGGCUCCUUUUUCCUUGUAAAACCAGCAUUUUUAAAUGAUUGCUGGGGAAAGGUUUAUCUGUGUACAGACUGUCAAUGUUAAAAAGUGAAAAUCACCCCCAAGAGAGAGAAGUUAUUUUGUAUAUGGAAAGAAAAUUUUACUGAUGCUUCUAAUUUAUUUUGUAUCCAUGGCCGUCCUAAUGUAUCCUUGUUUAUCUCAGCACUCUUCAAACCGUGCAGUUUCCUCUGUCAGUGCAAGGAGGAACUGCCGGGGCUGUAGGGGAGCUCCACAGUGCACCUGCAGUGGGAAGGGCUGUUUCACUGCUGAUGGAUAAGCCUGUCUCGUCUGUGUUGUUUUCCCUCAGUAAAUGUGGACGUUGCGCUUGGAAUUCCGGAGAAGCGGAAAAUAAAAUGGCUUUAAAAUGAAA